UUAUAUCGAUGUGGGACAUUGACUUAAACAUCAUAACCAUCUCUAAUACAAAUGUUUUUGCUAUUGUUGCAUACGAAAUAGCGUUGGAGUUAAUAAAUAAUGCCACCUAAGAAGGACGCGAAAGGCGGCAAGGACGCUAAGGGAGGAAAAAAACCAGCGGCUGAAGAAAAGGGUGCUGCCGGCAAAGAGAAGAAGGGUGGCAACGCCGUCAAGGUGCGACACAUCCUGUGCGAAAAGCAGGGAAAGAUUAUGGAGGCAUUGGAAAAGCUGAAGGCUGGGCAGAAAUUUCCCGAAGUAGCGGCAGCUUACAGCGAAGAUAAAGCACGCCAAGGUGGUGACUUGGGUUGGCAAAUACGCGGCGCCAUGGUUGGUCCUUUUCAAGAUGCUGCCUUUGCCUUGCCCAUUUCCACAGUCAACAAUCCCGUGUACACAGACCCACCAAUUAAGACAAAGUUCGGCUAUCACAUAAUUAUGGUCGAGGGUAAAAAAUAGAGCACGUUAUUAGAAUUUAUUAUAUCUCAAGCAAUUUUAUUGUGAGCAAAUUGGUUUUUAUACACACACACAUAUAUGUAAAAAUGAAAAAA